AUGUCCACGGCUGUCUUCGCGGCGACCCCCACCCCCGCGCGCUUCGCGUCGUCGUCGCACGUCACCCGCCCCCGACCCAGGAUGGGAAAGGGCGGCAUCCAACCGCGCUCGCCGGGGAAGCGCGUCGGCGCGACGAGCGACGACAAUAAUUCCAACGACGCGAAUAAUGACAUCCCCGCGCCGUCGCCGUCGACGAACGUCGACGACAUCGCCGCCGCGCUCGGCGGCGCCGCGCCCGCGCGCGAGCGCGCGAUCGCGGGGAUUUGGAUCGGCGAGAGCUGGCCCGCCCCGGAGCUCCUCGCGAUCGACCCCUCGGUCCCGACGAACCCGAUCCGAUGGUCCCUCGCGCUCGACCCCGCGGCGUCGGCGCCGACGCCGUCCGCGUUCGGCGCCGGCACCUUCGACGACAGCGGCGACAUCCCGGGCGAGCCGGUGAUAUGGUUCACGCUGAGAGGCACCUUCGACGCGCUGACGCGCGCGGUGAAGCUGCGGAAGGUGUACGAGCGGCCGGUGCCGGAGAGCGAGGUGAAGUACGAGGGGCGGUUGCACGCGUUGAACGGGGCGCCGGAGAUCACGGGCGUGUGGCGGAAUUCGACGUCGGGGACGAACGGGACGUUCUCGUGCACGUUGCAGGAGAGCGGAAGAACGACGUGA